AUAUUGCUAAAAAAAAAGUUACAAUAAAUGAAAAUGGCUAAAUCUGCAAAUGAGAUUGGUUUCAUCACUUGCCUGGUAGUUUUCUUAGUGUUAACAGGACAAUCGAAUGGAAUGUCGAAUGGAAUGCCUCGGACGGUGCCAUGCAUAGAAGGUCGAAUCUUAUGGAAUAGGACUCUUCCUUGUAGUUCCAUACUGUGUGGAGAUCAUUGCGUUCCACACGGUUAUAGAGCCGGCACAUGUGACAUUGUCAACGAUAGGGCAAUAUGCAAAUGUUCUCGUUGCAGAUGAUCCGACUCCUACGAAGAAUACUAUUAUUUCCUAUUAUCAUCCAUCAAUAAUUAAAAUGUCAAAACGACUUUGUAAUAAUGUGCAACAAUAUCUAUCAUUAUAAUCAUCCAAUAAUAAUUAAAAGUCAAAAAGUC